AUAGUAUAUACAUAUCAUAGUUUUUCAAAAAGAGAUUAGACUAGACUCGACUCUAGAGACUAGACUCAUUGCCACCUCCUAGAGUAAAAAAAAAUAUGUUAAUCUUUUAUAGUCAAAAACAAUGUAUGUUCAAGUAUAUUUAUAUGUAUAUCACGAGGUGAAAUAUUCUGUAGGUCGUUAAUUACACAAUUUAUCUUUGACCUAAUUACUUUGAAGGAUGGAUUACCUAACGACAUCUAGAUAAAUUGGUAACCGAUUUCAUAACAUCCUGGAUAUAAAUAUGAUUAGAUAUUGAGUUUCCAUAAAAAGUGAUCGAGGACUGUAUGAAAGCUAGUUUGCCGGUAACCAUGAAGUUCUUAAUAUUACUUUGUCUGCUUGCUGCAGUAGUGGCUGAAGAAUCUAUACAAGUAGAUUAUCACCGCAGCAUUGGCAUUCCUUUAGCCGAGGCAAUCAGACGAACAGAGACCGCGUUAGACUUCGACGGCGGCAGAAUUGUCGGCGGCUCGCCGGCCACGCUCGGCGCGUACCCGCAUCUUGGUGGUCUACUCAUAGCUUUAUCGUCCGGCGGCACAUCGGUUUGUGGAUCAUCGUUACUGUCCAACACCCGAUUGGUGACCGCGGCGCAUUGUUGGUUCGACGGCCGCAACCAAGCUAGGCAGUUCACAGUCGUACUGGGCUCCACCAGAUUGUUCUCCGGCGGCACGAGGGUCGCUACUAGUAACGUUCGAACCCACGAGAGCUACCGGCCUGCCACCUUGCACAACGAUGUAGCCAUCAUCGUGAUUAACAGAGUCGACUUUAAUAACCACAUUGCACCAGUGUCUUUGCCCGCGGCGUCUCAAAUCAACAAUAAUUUCGUGGGCACGUUCGCGCAGGCCGCCGGCUUUGGGAAGACGAGUGACUCCGCGGGGAUCACACAAGGCCAGGUGCUUAGCCACGCGUCGCUGCAGGUGAUCACAAACGCGGCGUGCCAGCGCACGUACGGAUCCGGCACGGUGAUCGCCUCCACGCUCUGCACCAGCGGGGCGGGCAGCAGCACCUGCAGCGGGGACUCCGGCGGCCCGCUCACUGUCAACGACGCCGGACGACGUCUCCUGAUCGGUGUGGUGUCGUUCGGGUCGAGCCGCGGCUGCCAGGUGGGCCUGCCUGCGGGCUUCGCUCGUGUCACUUCCUUCGCCAGCUGGAUCCAAGCUCGUCUGUAGACAGCAACCUACAACCUGCCUACUCUUAUUGGUCAUUAAUUGAUCAGUGUCACUUUUGUAAUCGUUUAUCGAAUAAAUCUUUGUACUGUUUGAUAAGAUUUUUCAUUGUGUGUAAUACAAAUAUAGUACUGUUUUAUCUGUGACUAGCUGUUCCCGAGCGACCUCAUCCACAUAGAAUUAUAAAAAUU